UGUUUUUGUGUUUUUUUUUUGCAGCAUGAUUUUAGUUUAAUGAAUACGAAAGCCUUUGCGAACCUAAAAGGCUCUGGCGGUAACAUAUAGGAAGUCUUUGAAGUUUUAGAUGAUGCCCGACGUGCUAUUUUCAGAAAUACCGUCUUUGGCUAUUUUAUUGAUGUCCCUCGUUUACAAGGGGACGCUUUAUUGUUUCAUAAAAUGUUUCUUCAUCAGAUCCGGCCGGACCCUGUUUUAUCUCCAGAUGGAAUAAAACGUUUAUAUUUUCGAGUAGGCAAUACCAAAAUGGUUUAUGGGCCGGAAGAGUUUUGUUUGAUUACCGGCUUCAAUUUUGGGGAGUAUCCAAAAAACAUUGGGAGAAAAGGGUCGGAAAAAUUAAUAAGCAGUAAAAAAAGAUGUUUACUGCGUGAACGGCUAUUUCCGGACCAUACUAAUAGUUCGGUGAAAAUCGGCGACCUGAAAAGUUUAAUUUUAAAUCAAACAUUCUUAGCACUUGACGACCUUGAUGCAGUUAGAGUAUGUUUGAUAUACAUUUUGUGUGAAGGUUUUUUGGGCAAAGAAGUUAACGAUCGGGUGCCACAAGAUUGGUUUUUUUUGGCUGAGAAUUUGGAUCUCUGGAAUAGCUUCGCUUGGGGUAGCUAUCUAUGGGAUUUUACUUAUGUUGACCUUGAGGAUACGUGGAAUAAGAUACAUCAUUAUUUAUCACUUCCUGAGCGUGGUCAAACUUUAAAGUAUUCCGUCUCAGGAUUUACGGCUCCAAUUAGGGUAUAAAAAUUUUAUUUUAUUUAAAUUGUUUUAUUGUUAUAUUUUUUAUUUUAAUUUUAACUUUUAUUACUGUUAUUGUACAAAAUUGUAGAUAUGGAUAUAUGAGAUGAUUCCGGCUGUUCGUGCAUGUGGAUUUGCAUUGAGAAAAAAUAAAGACUUGCCUCGGAUGAAAAGAUGGAGCGGAACAAAAAAAUUGAAAUGGGUUGACGUGAACAAGAUUUGGUCAAAGAUGCAGGAGGGGCUACCACCAAGACAAAACAUGUUACCGGGUGAUGGUGAGAUGACAUUUUUUUAUUAUAUGUCAUUUCAAGAGUAUGUAUAUGGUGAAGGGAAAACAGUUCCAUCCCCAGUACGGGACCAUUUUAGGAGACAAGACGAAUCUUCGUCUAGUAUGUCGUCCAGUGGUCGCUCUCAUGGUAGAGGUCGGGGCAGUGGGAAACACAAGCUAGACGAGUUGUUGAAACGGGUACAUGCACUGGAGCAACAUGUGUUUAUGAAUCAACAAAAACCUACAGAGGUUUUUGUUGAAGAAGUGAAUAAUGACCAAUUUUGGAACGACAUUUUUUUUGAGGACCCGACAGUGUCACAAAGAAAUUAUGAUGAACAGGUUGUGCAAGAUGAAGAGAUGAAUAAAAACAAUACAACUCAAAAUGUUUUUGGUGAUACUCAAGACGACAAGGUGUUGGAGGAGAGUAAUCAGUAUGCGGGGAACAAAUUUGAUGAUGAUGUGUUUGAUGUAAACGAUUAUAGUGAAGUUAAAGAGGUUAUUAUAGUUACAUUAAUAUUAUAUUAAUAUUUUGUUUAUUUAGAUAUUAUUGCUUAUUAAAUUAUGUGUAUUUCGUUAUUAAGUAUAAAGUAUUAUCUUUAAUGUAGGAGUGGGAGGAGAGGAAUGACAAUGCAGGGAACAAAUUUGAUGAUGAUGUGCCGG